ACAGAGGCAGUCAGAAGGAGCAACAUCACCCCUCUCCUCCCCCCAUGUCCAACCACUCUGCCAUCAGGAUUAACUUCUACUGGAGGUCCUCCUGAGGACCAGCAGACAUGGACAGAAAAAAUGUUGCAUGGAUCUUGAUGCUCCUUCUCCUGGCCGUCCUGGGUGUGGCAGAGACCAAGGACUCUUUGACAGAUCUGGAAAACAUUGCUGGAAAGUUGGUUUUCUAUCAGAUGGAGGGGAACGCCCGCUAUGUGAGGGACACAGGAGAACUGGCUUCAGAUGUCCCCACUGAGACCAUGUUCGAACUGUUCGAUCCCCAUCAGAAUUUCAGCACGGCUAAGUUCACCUAUACGUGGGACUUGGGGAACGGAGAGGUGAUCCAAGGGACUGAACCAGUCGUCCGCUAUCACUACUCUGUAUCAGGGAACUACACACUGCAGCUGAAAUUAGGAGUGAAUUUGACCCCGUAUUCACCUCCAAUCAAUGACGUCUACUCCACGGAUGUCCAAGUGCUUGAUGCCAUUAAACACAUCGAACUGAAGGGGCCUUCAGAUUACGAGAUGUCUCAGAACACCAGUUUGGCUUUUCAUGUUGAUGGAAGUCCUCCCAUGUGGGUGUGCUGGCGUUUUUUACACAACUGUGUGCCGGACACGGGUGGGAGCUGCACGCUGACCAUGCUGUAUGAGAACACCCUGAGACUGAACCACACCUUCACCUCCCCUGGCGUCCACUGCUUGGACAUCAGCGUCCGCAAUGACAUCAGCAAGCUGCAGACCUCCUUCAGCCUUUAUGUCAAGAGAAGCAAUAACACCCACAUGGUCUUCAUGCUGUCAUGUGCUGCCAUUCUUGUAGCAACCUUCUCCUUCAUCACGGUCAUCGCCUGCCGUCCUCGUCAUCACCACAGAUCACAGUAUGCUUCCUCCAGUAACGCCGUAUUCCUGAAGAACCAAGACCCUGAAGGUCAAAGCACGAUUGUUUUGAACUUCUCCAAUGCGGAGAAGGGAGAGAAGGAGCGGCUUCUCCUGCAGUAUGGGACUCAAUACUCCUCUUAACCAUCACACUGCUCCUUUGUCUGCUCUCUGUCUGCACUCCAGCAUACUGUGUUAUAAGGUCAUUAAAUCAGUGGUUAUAAUCCUCAUAGAUGUGGGUCAGUAGGGCCUUGCUACGCCCAAUAGUAGGUUUUGUCAUCUAUUCACAUGGUC